AUGAACGAGCUUGGAAGUGCAGUUUACUCAGUUGCAUUCUCCCAUGGCUCUGGACUUCUCGCCUCCUUGGGUCAGAAUAUAAAGCUGUGGAAGACUAGCACCUGGGAAUGCCUACAUACCCUUGUUGACAGUACUACUCUCAUUUGCCUGAAUUCAGUCAAAUUUUCUCAUGAUUCCAAGCUACUUGCCUCGGACUCAUCUGACGAUGUUCUUAUAUUAUGGGACACUAGCAGCGGAAAGCAGGUUCGGACUUUGAGUGGUCAUCAAAGUACCGUUAUCUCUGUCGCCUUUUCACAUGAUUCCAAUCCUCGCGUCGUUGGAUUAUGGGAUACCACUAGCGGUCAGCACCUGAACAAUUUCAAGAGCCACUGUCACGCUAGUCCUAUAUCUUCCGAUGAUUCCGAGCUUCUUGCAUCAGUUUCGGGCAGAAAUCACUACUACGUUAAAGUAUGGGACGCUCGUGACGGACAAUGCCUACAGAAAAUCAAAGCCUGGAACUCCAGCCUUUACAACUCAAGGCUUGUAUCUAAAGUCACACAUCUUAACCCACAUUCAAGCGAUCGUAUUGCGCGGGUGUGGGAGCCCCACAACUUGGAAUGCUGGCAAGGCAUAGUGGCUAAAAUGGGGGUGAAGCAAUGCUUCUUGGAUAAUCCAAAUCCGAAGUCACUCGAUGGCACUAGUCUGGAAUUGGUGAUGGUGAAUGAAUUACUUGGAACUCAGAAUACUUGCUAUGGUUACCACCAGAUUACCGACCAGCUGAUUCAAGUUCCACUGUGA